UCCCGUUGGGAUAACCGUUACCUACGCCUAGGCUCUCUCCCAUUCCCCGGUUCGACGGUGCCUCCCCUUCCCCCGGUUCAAGCUUCAAAUUCCCCAAACCCUCGCUGGCUCGCUCACGCUCGCGCUGCUCGCGUCGUGCCCAGGCCGCCGAGAGAUCAGCCCGCGGUGCCGGCCGGAAGCUGCUGCACACAUGGCACGGUCGCCUGCGGGGGCGGCGGCGGAGGAGGAGGAGCGAGAGGAAGCCGGCGCGGGAUGCCGCGGCAGACCCCGCCACGCCGCGGGGGAGGAGAUCGAGGUCGUCCUCAACGAAGAAGGCUUCCGCGGCGCCCGCUUCGAGGCCACCAUCGCCGCGCGCCGAUCCAACGGCUACGAGGUUGUCUUCUCCACCCUCGAAGCCCGCCGCCGCGGGCCCCUGCUCCGGGAGGUCGUGGCAGUCGCCGACGUGCGGCCCAGGCCGCCGCCGCCGCCGCCCGAGCGCGAGUUCAAGCUGUUCGACCUCGUCGAGGCGUACGACGACGGCGGGUGGUGGCCCGGCGUCGUCUCCGGCGUCCUUCCGAAAUUGAAGGGGAAGGCGCGGUACGCCGUGUCGUUGCCGCUGUUCCGCGAGGUGCACGAGCUCCUGGCAUCAUUCGUCCGUCCGCGGCGGGAGUUCGUGUGCGGAAGCUGGGUGGACACGCAAGAUGUGUUACACAAAUUUGCAUGGAUUUCGCACGAAACGGUUUGCUUCCCAACGUAAUUUCGGGGAAAUUGCUGCAUCCCAAACAGGGAAGUAGAAAUUUGAGUUCCAUUAAUAUGGGCUAUUUUAAGAAACAUAACCCAUAAGUUUUCAUGAUUAAUUUUACUCAUUACAGAAAACACUAAUCCACAAAACUGUACAAUUUGGUCCCAAAUGAUGAUGAUGCAAAUAAGUUCUGCCACACUAGUUAGUUCGUAGACAUAUUGUAUAUGCAUUUGGUUAAAAACAAUGUGAGGAUCAGGGCCCCCCAAUGCAAUCUAAAAUGUAUCUGUAAAUGGAUGGCUAGAUUCAUCAUAAGUUUGUUCCUCAAAUGCUAAUUGAGUUGAGAAUCAGGUGAUAUUAUUUUUACAUCCAUACACAUGUUCUUUGUUCUGAGUCUCUUGAAGCUUUGUUCACUAAAUCAUGUCAUGUAUAACUAGAUGAUCAUGCUUAGAACCACACCCUACACAAUAGCCAUGUAGCCUACUUUAGACUCAUCAAAUAAGCCAUCCAAGUCAAGAGCCAAGAGAGCAUUCCUAAAUCCUAAUGAAGCUCUACUAGCUCCAUGAUAUAGUUAGUUUGCCAACUAAUUCAUGUCGUGGUUUUUGUUAACUAGUUUGAAACAGCACAGUAUUAGUUGGUAAAAAUGGAUUAAAUGCUUUUGUGAAACUAAUUUCGAGUGCAGCUGCGAGGGAUACCACUGUAUGCAGACGGUAGCAGUGUAGAAGUUAUGUGUGAUGAAGAAAAGAAGGGCAGAGCUUGGAUGCCAGCUACUGUCAUCAAGAUGGUUGGCGGUAUCAACUAUGCCGUUAGCUAUGGGAAUAAGGAAGACUCCAUUGAAGUCCUACAUUCAUGCUUCAUUCGGCCACAACCCGUGUUUGACAAAACAAAGUUUGAGUAUGAAUUGGUGGCCUCAGCAGAGGUGGAAGUAUAUCAGGAUGGUAUCUGGUCAGUAGGUGUCAUUGAAGAUAUCUGCAGAUAUGAACCUAGAAGAUACAAAGUAAGGGUAAAACAUCAUGGCAACAAAGAUGAAGAUGACUACUUUCUUGUGUCAAGUACGUCCUUGAGACCCUACUCCAAAUGGGACGGUCAGGAAUGUGUGCUUUGCUCAUCCAAGAAACAUGCUAGGGAAAGAAAUGACUCAGCUGCUGACUAUUCAGAGUUAUCGGAAUCUGGUGGGGAUAGUGAUCGCUAUAAUUCUGACUAUUCACCAGAGUUCUCCACGUGUGCUGAAUUUAGUGAUCAGUGUAGUUCUGACUAUUCACCUGAGUUCUUCACAUCUGACCGGGAUAUUGAUCAGUAUAGUUAUGUCCCUAACAAAAGGGUGCGGAAAGAAAAUGUGGUCAAGGAAGAACUGCCCUUGACACACUCUUUAAAUCUCAGGCAACAUACAUCCAAAUCAUCAUCAAAGGAUACUAUGCAUAUGGAAACAACUCCUGAAAAUGAGGCUGCUGGAGUGAAGCAACUAGAGAGCGAAAGCAGGGUUGCAAAGGGGAAGGGUAAAAAAUUGGCACCAAGUGUACUGAAGAAGUUAAUGUAUACACAAUGCGAUGAAAAAGGACAGUGCUUCUUGCCAAAGGCACAUACUAGUAAAAGAAAGGAACUUCAUUCUGUCUCUCCAUUUGAUGAUAUUGCUAAAACUGGCAGCAAGUCCAAUUCUGUUGAUGUUAUCGUGAUCAGCGAUGACUCUGGCUGUGGAAAUUCUUUUGAAAUCGGCGACACUUCAAGUUCAAUUCCAAACAGAAAGAAAAGGCGAAUAAAUCUCCCAUAUAAAGAACCCCAUUCCAAUCAUCCGGUACAUCAGUAUCAAGCAUCACAUUCUGCAUCAAACUUAUCGCAAGAGUCAGGCUGCCUGGUCCAAGGGUUACUCAGCAUAAACGAAACAAAAGAACCAGAACUCUCAGACAAUCUUCAUUUAGAAACUGCGAUGAUGUCAAUUGGUGAUGCUACUUCUGGUGAUGAACCCCAUGAAACGUGCCAAAAAGUUGCAGAGGUGAAGAGGUGGAUGGCUGGGGCUUCCAAAGAAGGAGCAGAUAUUAGUUUGAUUAACUCUAGAAUUUCCAAUCAGAAGACUAAUAAUGAAUCAUGCAGUGGAGCCUUCCCAAUUGGGAAACUACAAUCAUGUUCAUCUGUACAACAGAAAGUUAAUGCUGAUCUCUUGUGCAUUGAAGCCCCUAACGACAGCAAAAUGGAGAUAAGAACCGAACAGUCAGCCAUGCUUUCCAAGGAAGUCAAUGUCUUGUGCAUUGAAGCCCCUAAUGAUAAUAAAAUGGAGAUAAACAAAAAAAGAACAGACAUUUAUCCAAGAAAGGAUGCAACCUUACCAAUUGGGGUACUAGAGUCAUCUUUGACUGGACAGCAGGAUGUCAAGGAUGAUCACUUGUGCAUUCAAGCCCCUAAAGAUAUCAAAAUGGAGAAAAGAAACAAAAGAACAGGCAUAUCUCUUGAGGCAGCAGGAAGCUUUCAUCUGGAAACCUGUAUGAACUACGAGAUGAUGGAUCUAUCGAAAUUCAUACCGGUGCCAGUGCCUAGCAGCAGCAAUCAUGGUACUGCAUUCUCUACAAGUUCCUUGCUGCUGAUGCCUAAUCACAAAUUGGAGAUUUUCGAGAUGCUGCCGCAAAAACCACAUUUUCGUGAGGUGCAGAAUUGUCCUCCAGAAUUUCGUGAAGGAAAAGUUCUAGGACUUAUGAUCUCAUUUGCAAACAUAGCUGAAAGCAUAAAGAACAUGCAAAUUCAAGACGGAGCGCGGCUUUAUCAAGAGAAGAUGGACAGUCUCUUGGUUCUGGAAGAGGAUGGUUUUGAAGUUGUCCCCAUGAAGGUCCGUCUCCAUAACCUGCUUUGCUUGAGGAAUUGCCAGAUUAAUCUCAAGAACAAAAAAACAAGUUUGGAGAAAGAGAUACUCGAGAUAGAAGCAGUCAAUUGUGGAUUAGAGCAACAAGUCAAAUUCCUUGACAUGUGUAUCUUGGGGAUGGAGGAGCAGAAAUACCAAGAGAUGAAAGCUUCUGUUUCCAUGCAGAAAGCAGCAAACUGCUCAUCCAUUUCAAAGCUCCAACUCGACCUGCGCCAUGUUGAGGAAUCACUUGAGGCUGUUGAAGCUGAUUUCUGCAGCAUUGCUUCUGCGCCGUGGCAAUCAGAUGUUGGGUCUUAGAUACUGUAACCUUGUUCAGCUAUCAGGGGAGGUAAACCCUGCUCCCCACACUCUAACUGAUUAUGUAUAUACAUGCUUUCCACAUGAAUCUGGGAGACAUGCUUGUCUCUUCUGUCAGUCUGUCCCACCUAAAAUGACCUUCAGCCAUGUGCAUUUAAGUCGCAAAGCUUGUUGCCCCUUUUGGGUUGAAAGGAGUAGCUCAUUGGCAGUGUUGCAGUUUGCGAGGCCCAGCACCCAGGGUCAGCUAGUUAUCUUCUUGUUGAAAGCAACCUUCCUGUGUACUAAUAUUUUCAGCAAUCAGAAAGCCCUGAAUCAA